AUGAGCACAUACAUAGCCCUCAACGUGCUGCUACAGCUCAUCGUCACGUUCAAGGAGAAGAACUACUUUCUCUUCACCUACCCUCAAUCGGGCAUGUUUGCGCAGACGGGGGUGGCGGUGUCAUCGCGCAUGGAGCGCGCGUGCGACCUCUACCACCUGCGCAUCGAGUCCGCUGACCCCUCCUCCGCCGCCGCCCACCCCCCCGUCGAGCUCUGCAAGAGCAUCACCAAAUGGUACACGGCUGACGGGCUGCUGGCGGAGGACAUAUUCCUGGAGGACGUGCAGAGGCUCGUGGAGCAGUACGAGGAUGACUCUCGCAAGACCAAGUGA